CCUGGUUUAGUACCCCCCCAAACACAACACAGAAACAUAGCUACCGUUUUUCACUCUCUCUUUCAUUGUGCUGUGCCAUGGAUUGCUGCAUCUAUGGCGUCACGAAGCUCCACAUCUUCUACACUUUUCUCCUCUUCCUCUUCCCAGCCACCACAUUCUCCCUUUCACAGCCUCAAAUAAACUCAAACUCAAUCCUCGUGGCUCUAUUGGACUCGCAUUACACAGAGCUCGCAGAACUCGUGGAGAAAGCCAUGCUCCUCCAAACCCUAGAAAACACAGUGAUGAAACACAACAUCACAAUCUUUGCACCCAGAAACGAAGCACUGGAACGCGACCUCGACCCCGAUUUCAAACGGUUCCUUCUCGAACCUCGCAAUCUUCAUUCUCUGCAAACCCUCUUGAUGUCUCACAUCAUCCCAACCCGAAUCACCCAAUCCGAAUACCCUCCCAGGUCGACCCGACACCAAACUCUAGCCAAAAGCCACCACCUCACUCUCCAAACUAACCACACUCUCCAGUGGACCAUCGACAGUUCCCGGGUCACCCACCCGAAUACUAUAACCCGACCCGACGGCGUCAUCCACGGCAUCGACUCCCUCCUCAUCCCUCGCUCCGUCCAACACGACUUCAACCUCCGCCGCACCCUCCGCUCCAUCGCGGCAGUCAAACCCGAACCCGCCCCGGAAGUUGACCCGAGAACCCACCGCCUGAAAAAACAACCACCGCCGCAAAAACCAGGCUCCCCACCGAUCCUUCCGAUCUACGACGCCAUGGCACCAGGCCCCUCCCUCGCUCCGGCGCCGGCGCCGGGACCCGGUGGACCCCACCACCACUUCAACGGCGAAAAACAGGUAAAAGACUUCAUCCAAACCCUCCUCCUCUACGGCGGUUACAACGAAAUGGCUGACAUACUCGUUAACCUAACUUCCCUGGCAACGGAAAUGGGUCGGUUAGUUUCAGAAGGUUACGUGUUAACGGUGUUAGCUCCUAACGACGAAGCAAUGGCAAAGUUAACGACGGAACAGUUAAGUGAACCGGGUUCACCGGAACAGAUAAUGUACUAUCAUCUGAUACCCGAAUACCAAACCGAAGAGAGUAUGUACAAUGCGGUUAGAAGAUUCGGGAAGGUUCGAUACGACACGUUGAGGUUGCCGCAUAAGGUGGUGGCUGAGGAAGCUGAUGGCUCGGUUAGGUUCGGGCGUGGUGACGGGUCGGCUUAUUUGUUCGACCCGGAUAUUUAUACUGAUGGCAGAAUCUCCGUUCAGGGGAUUGAUGGGGUUCUGUUUCCGCCUCAAGAGGUCGAUGUCGUUAAGAGUUCGACCCGAACCCGAACGGGUCUACCCGCUAAGGUCGUUAAGCAGAGAAGAGGAAAAUUGUUGGAAGCAGCAUGUUGGAUGCUUGGAACAUUUGGACAGAAUUCUAGGUUCAUCUCCUGCCAAUAAAGAGCUCUCAUCGGGAUGCUAGCAAGACUCAGUUAUAAAAACAAUGAUGCACAGGAUAUUCCAAAGAUGUAAAAAGUCAACGCAAUAUGAAGGCCAGGUUUCUUGAAUGGUUAAAUAACAAGUCUUAUGGGUUUGGUUUUUACCACGUUUUGUUAUGUUCUUACUCUUUCUCCCUCUUGAUUUUCUCCUUGUGGAUUUGGGUCCUUGGCGUGAGAGCAUAAGCUUCUCAAGUCUCCACAUAAUACAAUAUAUAGUGCAUAUAUUAUAUAUGUAAUUUAGAUUCAAUUAGUAAUGGUGCUCCACACCAAAAAAUAGUAAUGGUGCCAAGUUCGUUGGGGGGUUGUGCUGGUGGGAUGAAAAGGUUUUGUGUAAUAAGUUGGCAGGGAAUCUGUGCCUGAUUCAGUCAGUAACUUUACGCAAGAAAUGCAAAUGGAAAAUACAGCAAUAAAAUGAUUCU